AUGAGAAAGCUUCAACAUUGCAAGAUAAUAGAAGCCAAAGAUAUUCCUCUCGUUACACACAUGAGAUUUCAGAGUUGUAAAAAACAUGGCGGUCUGAUUCUGACGUCAUUCUGCGUAGAUCACGAUGUCCUCUGUUGUCCAGAAUGCGUGAUUGAAAAUCAUAAAGGGGACUUCUGUAGGAAUGUUAUGCCUAUCGACCAGGCAUCUAACGGAAUAAAAACGUCACAUGCUUUUGUUGAAUUAAAUAAACAAAUUGAUCACAUUAUUAAAUCGUUGAAUGGACUUAGAAAUGAAUUGGCUUCUAACAUAGAACAUAUUGAACUUAAUACAAAGAACAUAAAAGAAGAAAUUGCGAAUACAAAAGAAGUCCUGAUUCGGUACAUCAAGUCGCUCGAAAAGGUUACACUAGAAGAGCUUGUACAGAAAAGGCAAGCAUAUCUGACACAAACAAAACGAAGCAUAAAAGAAACAGAUGACAUUCUUCAAUUGUCCCAAGAACACGCAGACGCAAUGGACUUCGUCAGGAAAAACGGAUCUGAAUUGCAAGCGUUUUUAUUAAUUCACAAUUCUAAAGAAAAAUUAACCCAUAUAGAAAACAGAGUAGCUAAACUAGAUGGUAACUCUUUGCAGUUGCAGAUUUCUUUCAUAAGAAGUUCAUUUGAAGACGCUGCUCGAGAAAUAGGAAAGCUAGAUUUCAUAGAAACAAAACGGACAAAGCCAUUUGCGUCGUCGGUUUUGCGCCAUUCGCAGUCUUUUGUCGGAAGGAAACGUUUAGAUUGCUCGUUCGUUUUUCUGAAGGAAUUGGACCUUUCACCGUUAAGUUCGUCCAACCGUUACACUAUUACAAGCAUGGCCAUAUCUGGCGAAAACGAACUUAUGUUAUGCGACAUAAAGAAAUCCAGAAUAAUACUAUUUGAUACGGCAGAUAUCUACCGUAGUUAUAUCAAAUUGACGAACAAACCCUGGGAUAUAGCCUCGCUUGGACAUAGUAGUGCAGUUGUUUCGUCACGUGACGUAGACAGCAUACAUUUCAUAGACCUUAACAACACGUCAUUCAUCAAAAGCGUUGAAGUUCAAGAUAGUUCAAAAGGAGCUAUUGCUACUACUGACGAAAGCAUUUUGGUUGGAGCCAAAGGUAAAAUACACGUGCUUGAUCACGAGGGAUCAGAAAUGAAAAUCAUCACUGUGUCAGCUGAAGGCACAGUCAGUUACAUUUGCACUCCUUCCGUCGACAGCAUUUGUUAUAGUGAUGGAUCAGAUGAGACAAAAUGCGUAACACUUGACGGGGAACCAGUUUUUAAGUACCAGUCCCCUGAGCUCGUGAAGACAAAAACAGUUACAGCUGACAAAAGUGGACAUAUAUACAUUGUUGGAGAAGACUCUCACAACAUUCACCAUUUGUCACGUGAUGGGAAGUUAAUCGAUAUUGUCCUAUCGGACGAUGAUCAGUUAUACUGCCCAAUAGCGAUUACAUUCAGCAAAGACUACAGUAAAUUCUAUGUGGCAUGUAAAUUUUACGAUAUACGUGUUUUCAAAGUAAAAAAUAAUGACUUAUGA